AUGCCCCCGCGCUUCCUUGAAAUCCCAUCACAGGGCAACCGCCGUCCCGCCCGGCUAGGCUAUGACAUGGCGGCUGCCACCCCGGCCCCCUGUGCAGAGCGUGUGCCCCGAGGCCGGCUGCUGGAAUUGGCCUGCGCUCGGCGCUGUGAGGUGCCCGACGCCACCCAGCGAGGCUGCGGCCCCACUGAGCGCCUGGCCCCGAGCUCGCCGCGGGAGGGAGGGUCGCGGCGGGGCCUGGGAGCCCGAGCCCAGGAAUGCAGCCGCCGGGCGGGGAGCGGGGGCUGCGCGGCCCCUCCCCGGCCGCCCCUCCUCCGGGGCCGGUCCCGGCCGGGGCUGCAGGUGGAGGAGCCGGCGGGAGCCAUGGGAGGCGGCUCGGCGCUGCGGCUGCUGCUGCUCGGCUGCGGGGUGCUGAGCCUGGGGCAGAUCCUGCUGCGCUCCGGCCGCCCGGGGGACGCGCCGGGGCCCUUCACCAUCAUCACCAUCCGCGGGGGGCCCGCCCCGGGCAGCGCCGCCCCCCGCCACGAGGGGACGGCAGCCCCGGCCGGGGGGCCAGGCGGGCGCAGCCCGGGCUCCCUGCAGCGCUACCAGGAUGAGAACGAGAACCUCGGCCCGCCCAAAACCCAUCAGGAGGUGGCCCUGCAGCCCUGGGCUGGGAGUAGCCAGUCCCUCCGAAGCGAAGCCGAGCGGUUCCUUACGUACAUCAGCACCCCCCAGCUGCCCUGCUCCCGAGCUCUGAGCCAGGCUGGUCUCCAGGCUUUCACAGCCAGCACUGCCGGGGCGUGGCGAGUGUGCCUAGAUCACAUGCCCACUGGGUCGCUGAAGCUGCAGCAGGAGAGGUGCCUGGUUUAUACCUUCAGCAUGGUCAAAAGGGGCUUUGAGUUCAGCCAGCGAAUGAGUGAAAUGCAGUGCCAGGUGCACAGUUUUGGCCUGACCCCCUACAAGCAGACCGACCUCUGGCAGAAAGGACAGGUGCAGCACCAUGCACUGUGGCUGGACUGGCACGAGCGACGCCCAGUCACCUCCUCACAGAGACGGAGGAGCCGUGCCAAGAGGCUAAAUCAGAUCAUGGAGGACUUCGGCCACAAGAAGAUCGACGUGUUGGAGGCAGACUUGGCCAGUGCCGAGUGGAAGAUUUUGGAGAGUAUCCUCGUGGAUGGCACCGUGGCCGUAGUGCACCAGCUGAUCCUCACCAUCCACCUCCAUUGGCCCGGCUUUGAGGUCAGUGGGAGCGAGGCAGCCGUGGUGCGAUACUGGUACAGCCUGCUGAAGGCGCUAGAGGCCAGAGGCUUUCGGCUCUUCCAUAGCUUCAAGGACCUGCAGAAGCCGCAGCUCUUCCUGCACAAAGAACUCUUCAAUGCCAGCAGCUCCUACACCCUGAGCUGGGUCAACACGUCCUGGAUGUACUGAAAGGGGGCACAACAGUUUGUGAGGAUGGGGCUGGGUAUUUUCAAACCUGGCUCCUGGCCGAGCUCGGAAUGGGUGUGCUUGUUAGGUCCCAGCUGGCCACAACACACCCCGGGUGGAAUCUGUAUUUCUGCUGCAUCCCAGGGAUGGAUGAUGCAGCCAAAGGGGUUCUGAAGAUGAACCCAGGAUGCGCUAACUGAGGUCCAAGGCCUGUGACUCUGGCGGCAAAGGCUACUCAGAUGGAUGCUUCAACGGGGCCUAAAAACCAGUUUGAGACUCAAAGGUGCCGAGCUUCCAAAUACCUUGUCCCACAAGACCAUCUAACCACUGCUCUGGCCUUGAGCACACGCAAGAGCCUGAGUGUCCAGCUCUCGUCCUUCCUGAUGAAGCAAGGAGCGUGCCGGGCACCCAGACCUGGCAGUGCAGGCAAUAAGAAGCUGAGCUGAUGCCUCAUGGGAGAAGGUACAGCAGUGCUUCUGGCUGCUGUUUGUGUUGACCCCCCGCUUCCAAAAGCCACUGAAAUGGCCACAGCAGACCUGGGAAGGAAGGGAGAUGAAUUGCCAGUGCUCUGUUAUUGGGGGAGCCAUUCUAGCCUGGAUGCAUCAACAAGUGCGUUUGCCAAAUGGAAGCGAGAGGCACGGAAUCUGCAACUGUUGCAGGGACCGGCAACCUCUCGGCCUGGUGCUGUUAAGAUCAUCUGGGAUUUUCAGAGUAAAGGAGGUCGGUGCCCAGUUCACACUCGGAUUCAGUUAGACCUGGGCACCUAACUCCUGUUGGCGCCUUUCAGACUUCCAGCCAACAUCUAUAUUUAAUGAUGCAGAAACGUUCCACAAAGACUCAUCUGGCCCUGUGAGCACUGCUGCACCCACAUGCCGUCUACAAAGUGGGCUGGAGAUCCCAUGAGAGCUGGCUCUCUCUUGAGACAGCAACUCCUACAACUUGGGUUAGGCUGUCCUGACGACAUGCCCGUCUCAUUUUAUUUCAGUUCAUCUGUUUCUGUCCAGAACCAGGGAGUGCAAAUUUGUAAAUGAUUUUUAAAAACAAGGAGGGUGGGGGAGGAAGGCUAUUCACAUUUUUGGAAUUGCCAAAGUAAAGUUCAGCUUCGAAUUUUGGGCGAAGGUUUGGGUCUGUUUGCAUCCAGUUAUUUUGCUUCAUCCCUCCCAAGGCUCUGACCGCUAGCACCGAAUGGUGCUAUAAAAUGUCAUUAGAGCUGGUUCUGCUCGCAUUCUUUCGUGGUGGACAACACUAUUUUCUUUAGUCUUUUAUUUACACUUUAUUGCUCUUGGUUUUUUUGUAACUGCAAAUUCUGCUGGAGUGCGCAAAACCAUUUAGAUCUCGGCUGGCUGCAGAGAUACGCCUAAUCAUAGUCAUUAUCUGGUAGCAGGUAAUGGGCAUCUUUCCCAUGUUAAUUGCAGAACAGAAUAGAUGAGAGCAGGGCACUUCUGGGAAGGGAGCAUGCUCCUGGCCCCCCUUGCGGUUGGAACUCACUGCAUUUGUCCCAGGAAGUUGUGUACAGCAGAGUUCCUGCUUUGUGCUCUGACUUUCCUGCUGCCGUAGCAGGCCCCCCAGGUCACUCAGUCAUGUCGGUAUUAAAUACAUGAGGAUUUUUUUUGGUAUGUGUGACUAUAACUUCAGGAAACCGAGGCAUCUGGGUCACCCUAACCUCUCGGGAUGCUUGGCUGAUUUCAUUGGCACCGACCCCGAAAUCUGCUGUUAAAUAAUCAAGCCCGGGUGACCCUCGGCGCUGGAUGAUUGCGUGUGUCAGCUGCAGAAAGGAGGAGGGAAGGACAUCCACCACAGAGCCAUGAACUGCACAAAUUUUGCCCUGCCUAGCAAUGUAGAACCCUGCCAAGGACACCAUUGUACUCUAUGGACAGAGAGCCUUAUCACUACUGCAAUACAAAAAAAGCCUUGAAUAUGUUUUCUUGGCAGGUCUGUGGAGAAUAAGAUGAUCUCUCCAUCUAUUAAACUAUUGUGAGGCUCCACCAUAACUAGCACUAGUCCCCCGCCCCCUCUUCCCCCCAAUCACACACGCAGGGCCGUGUUCUGCUUGCUUCUCUAUUAGCAAUGCAAACAGGGCAUCUUCCUCCCCAGUCUCAGAAGCAAAUUGUCCUGCAGGAAAGAGACAGGUUUUCCUGCAGUGGGCAAGUUCCCAUUUCCUCCGGGUGUGCGGGAGAGGGUGUUGGGAGGAAGGGUGGUGUCUGUUCCCAGAUACCAUUAACUAGUGAGCAAAGGUUGCUGUGUCUCCAUGGAGACAAGACAGCAAGCGAGACUGUGUGUGUGUGGAUCUAAGGUUAGAGCUGAUUAGUAAAUGUCACCGUGUUCCUGUAACUGCCCUCCACCAGCACUGGCUCGGGUCCCUGUUGGGAGAAAAACCACAGCCAGCUAUGGGGGGGGAGAAAGAGAAGAAAGGGCUGCUCCUGCACCUCCAUUCCAAAGCUAAGCGCUUAAGAAUUAAAGAGAAAACUUGCUGACACCUUAA